AAUCGUUCACCAAAGGAAGAAAGAAACGCGCCACAUGCCAGGCGCCUUGGAUAUGUUAUAAUGACUGGACACUCUGCCAGGAUGCUGUGUUUGGGAUAAACGCAAAGUUGGUGCAGUGGAUAGUUCCGUCCCGGCGCAGCGGUCCGCACAGGCUCAUCCCCACAUACCGGUCACACAUCAGGAUCACCGCAGGGUUUGCAGUGUCUCAGGAUCCUGAGGCCCGCCUCCUCCUACUCCCGGGCAGAUGGACCGCAUGAAGAUCAUCAAGAGGCGUCUGUCCAUGAGCCUGCGCAGCGGCAGACCCACAGACGACUCCAGCCUGCAGGAGACCAGCGAGCCCAGCAACCUGGAGGAGCCCGCCAGCAUUCGAGAUCACGGUAUUGUCCAUGAGAAUGUGAAGAUGGGCUCUGACGGAGAGAGCGACCAGGCCUCCGGGACCUCGUCGGACGAGGUGCAGAGUCCUGUGCGGGUUCGCAUGCGAAACAGAGACGCACGGCGCAUAUGCAAUGAGGACAUCAACAAGCGUCUAUCUCUCCCUGCUGACAUUCGUCUGCCAGAGGGCUACCUGGAGAAGUUUGCCAUGAACAGUCCCCCGUUUGAUAAGCCACUAAGCCGCCGGCUGCGGAGGACAUCACUAUCUGAGAUCGGCUUUGGGAAACUGGAGACCUACAUAAAACUGGACAAGCUCGGAGAGGGCACAUAUGCCACGGUGUACAAAGGUCGCAGUAAAUUGACCGACAACCUUGUGGCGCUGAAAGAGAUUCGACUGGAACACGAGGAGGGCGCUCCCUGCACUGCCAUACGAGAAGUGUCCCUUCUGAAAGACCUGAAGCAUGCCAACAUUGUUACUCUGCACGAUAUCAUUCACACAGACAAGUGCCUCACACUUGUGUUUGAGUAUUUGGAGAAGGAUCUGAAACAGUAUAUGGAUGACUGUGGAAGCCUGAUGAGUGUGCACAAUGUGAAGAUCUUCCUGUUCCAGCUUCUCCGGGGCCUGUCCUACUGCCACCGCAGGAAGGUGCUGCAUAGAGACCUGAAGCCUCAGAACCUGCUGAUCAACGAGAGAGGGGAGCUCAAGCUGGCCGACUUUGGUCUGGCGCGAGCCAAGUCGGUCCCUACUAAGACCUACUCCAAUGAAGUAGUGACUCUAUGGUACAGACCCCCUGACGUGCUGCUGGGAUCCACGGAAUAUUCCACCCCCAUAGACAUGUGGGGAGUGGGCUGUAUAUUUUACGAGAUGGUGACUGGACGGCCGCUGUUUCCGGGUUCAACAGUAGAGGAUGAGCUGCACCUUAUAUUUCGCAUCCUAGGUACCCCAACAGAUGUGUCUUGGCCAGGCAUAGGCAGCACUGAAGAGUUCAGCAAAUACAACUUCCCACUGUACCUCCGAGAGCCGCUGGUAUCACACGCCCCCAGGAUAGACAGCGACGGCCAUGAUUUGCUGUUAAAAUUAUUGAAGUUUGACCCGAAGGCUCGUGUGUGUGCGGAUGUGGCCCUGAGGCAUCGAUACUUCCUCAGCUUUGGGGAGGGGGUGCACUUGCUACCAGACACGGCUUCCAUCUUCUCAAUGAGAGAUAUCAAACUGCAGAAGGACCCAGGAAGACGCCCUAUAAGACAAGCAGAGCCAGCCGAGGGAAAGAACCGGAGGCAGAGUGUGUUGUUUUAGAACAAAAAAGGCUUUUUUGCACUUAUUACUCCAACACACAGACUGAGAUAUAAAAUAAUACCAUGGAGACAACACACAUCAAAAACUGAUGAUGACGAGGACAGGAGUGGGACAGAGACAUUGAGAACAUUCUGGAAAAAAAAGACCCAGAGGACACCAAGGAACAAAGAGGGCAAAACCUCAUUGCUGCUGCUGCUGCUACUGCUGCAUUUCUUUCCUUCUUUUUCUUUUUUGGGACCCAGAAACGAGGAAUGUCAGGUUAAUGCAGGGUGGAAUGUCUUGACUGUAACUGUUAUAUGAAUGCAGAGCAGGGUGGAAUAUCUUGAUUGUUAGCUAAGCUCUACACGAUUGCUACAAGAAGCUGUUAUCUGCUCAAUGCAUCACAUCACAUCUCAGCAUGCAUGCGGUAGAGGUAGAGGUAGUGUAUAGUACAUACACACCCACACAUACGCACACAUACACACACACACACUCACCCACUGCAUUGACCUGUGUUAGUGUAAGUGGCCGAGGAAGUGUGUGGCUCAAGGUGGCAUUUCAUCGGCAACCUGUUCAUCAGAUAGAGACAUACAUCAAGGUUGUGCUUCCUUUAAAAUAAUGGAUGGGCUUACUCGGUCUGGCCAACACAGAAAAAGAUAACCUUAACGUGUGUGUGGUACAUCUUUCACAGGAAAUGACUAUUCUGGCACCUUAUUCUUCCGUGAAUUCACUCGGAUUGCCUCAACAUCAUACGCUCACUCACGCACACCUCACCUUUCAGGUGGAAAAGGACAGUGUUUGUCAGUGUGCGUGAAAAAGGAAUGUGUUUCACUGAAGACUCCUGUAAACCACUAUGAUGAUGAUGACACAGACUCUGCAUUAAACAUGCUCACUGCUCAGGGGCAGAGCCUAAUCGUACCGUUGGCUAUCGUUGUCGUUGUGUGUCUCUCACUACAGAGAAGAGCAUAGGACACUGUGAAUGCUCUGAGGUGAUGAUUCACAAAGCCCAGUGAAGGCCAUUCAGAUAUGAUAUUUGGCAAUGAGCCAAACAGAUGUAAACCUCAAAAGAGAAGGAUUGAAGCCAAAACAAGGGGGGAAUGCGGACAAAUCCUAGCCCAGUUAAAAAAAAGAAAGCAAUACAAGAAACUAGGACAUCUACAGAUGUAUUGAGUCUUGCUAUUCACUGCUUGUGCAAAGUCUUUGACAGCCCAACAUGGCCAUUUCUGUGUGUUUGGUGUAUUCAGACCUGUUAACUCUUUGUGUCUACUGAUAUACACAAAUGCACUGUCUCCUUGCAGGCUAGCAUUGGGAGAAAGCACCGACACAAACACUCACGUCUGCCAUGGCAUACUGUGGCCAACAUACACAUUUGUGUAAAAAUGAAUAACAGAGAACACUACUUAAGAGAGUAAAGACACUAAAUACUACUGUAUAUUUCCUUUACCUUCCCCUUUAAAUGUAUAAACUGUUGCCUUUUGUUGUUGCCUGCCCAUAUUUUUGGUAUUAGAUAUUACUGUAUUAGUUGUGGCUCAGGUUUACAGGAUAAAGCAGGUCUCUCUCAGAGAGAGUGAGAGUGAUAGAGAGAGGAUGUGUCACAGUAUUGAUCUCUCUGGACUUCACCUUUGGAUGAUGUCACUCAGAUUACUCAAAGGCAAGCCUCCAUCACAGAGGCAUCUUCCCACUACAACUCAGCCACCUGCAGCACUAUUUCAGACGGUACUCUGAUACUGGACAUUCUCACCACAGUAUCAGAUAUUUUAGCGAUUUGUAGCUAUUCCCGCCCGGGAAUAAUUGAAGAGCUACAUGCUGUUAUAGGAUAUACACACACCACACAGUCUUGCAGUUUCCUGACAGAGUUUUAACCCUCAUGUUUGCCCUUCGGUCAGAGUACAGCUGGAAUAACUGCAGGAGGGCUGGGCUGCAUUACCUGCAUAGUGGGACAGUCUUGGCUGUCUGUUGACACACGGAAUGCAAAAUGUGUACAACACACCCCAUUGAAAGUUCAACCUGGUCUCUUCACACCCAGCCUACUUGGGCCAGGGCGAGUGGAAACAUGCUAGCUUCCUCACAGAAAAGUGGUCUCUUGUUAGUCUAUUUGACUAUUGAAAAAUAUAUCACGAAACAUUGACCCUAGGUUGUUGAAUGGUUGCAAUUAUUGCUUUGUGAUUUCAUGGUAAAAACACAUGGCUACAUUGGAAACAAAACUCUUGUUGUGUAGAUCUCUCAACAUACAGCUUCACUUGAGUCAGAUUAUAGGCCUAGUUAUGAAGACACACAACUCUGUGGUGUAUGUACAUGCUUUAUGUAUAUGAAGGGGGGAGUAGACUGCAAUAAUCAGUGAUGGGCAACCUGGAUUCGUUAAAUUACUCUUAUAAUCCAUUGCCACAUAUUACCUGGUUUUACCUGUAAUUCAACAAGGAGUUUGCCUGGUUGAAUCAUCACCUGCUUGAAUUGGACAGGUAACCAGGUUACGUUGUAAAAUGUAGCACUGAAUUGUACAUUUAGGAAUCCAGGUUGCGCAUCACAGGCAAUAACACACACAUGCCUAUUGACUAAAGCCCAUGACGA